GACUUGCGUGGGAAAAUGGCAAAACUGCUUGAACCUUUACGAAUACUGGAGUCUAACAAUUCUAAAUGCAUCAUUGUUAUGCUGAACAGACCUCUUAAUCCAGACCUGAAACUGAUUAGGUUUCUAUGGAAUAAAUCUGUGUACAAGCUUUCGGUAGAUGGUGGUACCAAUGAACUCUAUGAUAAUUUAACGAAGAAUGAAGAAAGCUAUAUCCCCGAUUUAAUUUCUGGCGACUUUGAUUCAAUGAGGCCAGAUGUUAAGGAAUUCUUUGAAAAUAAAGGUGUGGAAAUAGUAUCAACACCUGAUCAGAACUAUACAGACUUUACAAAGGCUUUACAAUUACUUGCAAUGAAGAUGAAACUUCUUAAACUGAAUGCAAGCUGUGUUAUUGUAUUCGGUGCUUUUGGUGGACGGCUUGAUCAGAUUUUUGCCAAUAUUGACACAUUGUUUCAUUUUGACAUCUCAAUACCAAUUUAUCUAAUGUCAGAGAAUAACCUUGCUGUUCUUCUAAAAGAAGGAUCAUACAAAAUAUCAGUAAAAUCUUCUUUUCGAGAGGACUGGUGUGGCUUGGUACCUAUAGGAGAGCCAUGUGAAUCUGUGCUUACUACCGGUCUUAAAUGGAAUCUGAAUAAACAACGUCUUAAGUUUGGUGAAUUGAUUAGUACAUCAAACACUUAUGAGUCUGCUCAGACUGAAUCUGUUGAAAUAGAAACAGAUAAACCACUUCUAUGGACAAUGGGUUAUUCACAAUUUUAAAAGAAAACCCUAAUGCAUGGUAUGUAGCGACAUUAACAUUGUCAGUUCCAAGAAGUCUAUUAGGAAGGGAGGAACAUCCAUAACCUUGAAUGCAAGGUUGCUUAUUCCAAAUACAUAGACCCUUGUAAUGCACUUUUAUAGGAGAAUUUUGUUUUUCAUUUCCUGAUUAAAAAUAAGUUAAGUGUUA